AGCCUGGCCGAGACAAUAGUGGUACCAACACCAUUGUGGGUACAUUCGAUACUAUUCAACUGCAUUCUUUGUUCCCUUUGAAAUACAUACCACAGAGCAAUAUGGGACGUGCACAAUACAAGCUGUAGGGACAUAACGAAUAGUUCACCAUAUCGCCCAUUCUCCUCGCUUGUCAAGUUGUUUUUGUGUGCAAGUUGUUGUUGAGGGUACCACAGAUACUCUCAUGGUCACGAUCAAGAAUCUGAUAACAUCUACUUUACUCUUUCUGUUAUACAACGGAGGAGAGUUACACCAGCUGUACAGUGUGAAAAGGACCGGGUGCUCUGUAGGUCUCCUCCCAGCCAGAUUCGGGGCACUAUGUUUCAGCCACCUAGUUGCAGCUGCUACAAACCAUAAUCCAUUUGACCGAGAGUCGCUGGGGCUAGUGCUAGCAUCAUUACAACACGGUUACCUACUGAUUCUAACUCUAGAAGCAACCUCACCUCUACUACUGGUGCUGUUGUACCUGGUGGUCGGUGCUGGGUUGAGAUGGUACAGGUCUCUUGGUUACUUCCUUUAUAAUCUUACUCCUAUCUAUACUACUGCUGCCAAGGUACUACAGUUGUACGAGAACCAAAAGUCCGGACACACGGGAAUGCUCUCUCCGAUCUCCACCCUUCACAUCCUACUACUCAGUAUACAUUACCUGCUGAAACUACCCUCCGAUAAUAUCAAGAUACGUAUCAUCUUGGUAGUGUGCUUUGUGACGAACUUGGUACAGUUAGGACAGUGUUGGGUAUUUUGGGAAGAGACAAGCGGGAUUGAGAGUGUGGGACAGGGGAAGGGAGGGUGUUUGUCUUAUCAGAUUGAGAGUGUGGGACAGGGGAAGGGAGGGUGUUUGUCUUAUCAGAUUGAGAGUGUGGGACAGGAGAAGGGAGGGUGUUUGUCUUACCAGAUUGAGAGUGUGGGACAGGGGAAGGGAGGGUGUUUGUCAUAUCAGAUUGAGAGUGUGGGACAGGGGAAGGGAGGGUGUUUGUCUUAUCAGAUUGAGAGUGUGGGACAGGGGAAGGGAGGGUGUUUGUCUUAUCAGAUUGAGAGUGUGGGACAGGGGAAGGGAGGGUGUUUGUCAUAUCAGAUUGAGAGUGUGGGACAGGGGAAGGGAGGGUGUUUGUCAUAUCAGAUUGAGAGUGUGGGACAGGGGAAGGGAGGGUGUUUGUCAUAUCAGAUUGAGAGUGUGAAACAGGAGAAGGGAGGGUGUUUGUCUUAUCAGAUUGAGAGUGUGGGACAGGGGAAGGGAGGGUGUUUGUCUUGA